CGGCACAUGUCAUUAGGAGGGACUGUAAAGAGGAGAAGCAGUUGGUGGUGCUCACAUAAAGGGCCCGUGGGCUUCUGCAUCCUUUUAAGUGUUAGUAAUAAAACGCAGUCACCACCUCCCGGGGAACUCUCGGCCAAUGGGAAUCCUCGGAGAAAACUUUUAUGUGUCCUCCGAAAAGGCUUGAGCAUCCCCCUGCACAGCUCCUCGGUCAGUCCGUCAACAUGCGCAGGUAGGACCGACUUCAAGGAAGGGAAUCUUUACGUCCGUGGCCGCUUUAGCUCCGAUAUCUGACUGCUGAGUGCCUCUUUGCCAAGACCUGCCUGUGUCCCAUCACAGCCUGAAGAGGAACAUGGCCUCCUACCGCUCUGGUCCUAAGAGACAGCAACUGUUGGGAAACUCCCACCUAUCCGUGGUUCUUCUGAGUCUCCUCCUGGCUCCGGCAUUUGGACAACUAGACCUCAACCGUCUGGAUGGCGAUACCGUCUGCCCCACGAUGAGAAACGGACAGGACGACCUUCCAGGUUUCGAUCUGAUCACCCAGUUCCAGCUGGACGUGAUUCCCCUGAAAGGUGUGAGGAAGGUGGACGGCUCCACCCCCCUCCAGGUGGCGUAUCGCCUCGACAGGGAGGCCAACUUUCAAAUUCCAACCAUGCUUAACUUCCCUCGAGGUUUCCCGGACGAGUACUCCUUCAUGACCACUUUCCGCAUGAUCAAGAACACCGUCAACAAGGUGUGGAACGUCUGGCAGAUCGUGGACGAGGACGGCAACAAGCAAGCCGGACUGCGGCUGAACGGGGACCAGCAGGCCCUGGAGUACUUCCUGAUGGGCGCCGACGGGACCCUGCAGACCGUCACCUUCCCCGGCCUGUCCGUGCUGUUCAACACCAAGUGGCACAAGGUGAUGAUCGGCGUGGAGCGGGAGCAGGUCACGCUGUACGUGGACUGCCAGCCCGUGGACCAGAAACCCAUCAAGGACAAAGGACCCAUCAACACGGAGGGAGACACCCUCAUCGGCAGGCUGGACUCCGAUCCCGAGGCCUCCGUGGUGUUUGAGCUCCAGUGGAUGCUGAUUCAUUGCGACCCGAAGAGAGCCCAGAGAGAAAGCUGCAAUGAGCUUCCGGCCACUGAGGUACAAUGUAUGCCAAUGCUGAGCCUGACAGAUCAGUUCAGGGUCCCCCGGGUGCCCCCGGCCCUGAGGGCCCCCGUGGGGCUCCAGGAGAAAAUGGAAGGGAUGGAAGAGAUGGCAGCAAAGGGGAGAAGGGAGAGGUCGGCCUUCCUGGUCAGAGAGGCAUUCCCGGACUUCCAGGAGCUAUUGGUUCUCCAGGUUCAAUGGGUCCCAGAGGACCUGGACUUCCUGGCUUCCCUGGGCCUGCAGGGCCCCCUGGUCCAGCCACUGAAGGACCUCCUGGUCCUCCAGGAAAAGCAGGAAUUCCAGGAGACGAAGGAAACAUCGGACCUGAGGGCCCGCCUGGACCCAGAGGAGGGGCCGGUACUCCUGGGCCUCCUGGUCCUCCUGGUCCACCAGGGCCUGUGGGACCGCCUGGUGCCAGCAAUGAGGGGAGUGGGGAAGCUUGUCCUGCUGCCUGCCCGGCCGGACCCCAGGGGUUACACGGUCUGCCGGGGAUGAAGGGACACAAAGGACUGGCAGGGGAGCCGGGAAAAGAUGGAGAGCCAGGAGAGAAGGGAGAUGCUGGAGAUCCAGGUUCCCAGGGGCCACCAGGUCGUAUGGGCGAUGAUGGACAAAGAGGACCCAUCGGAUUUCCUGGAACCCCCGGAGAAAAGGGAGACAGAGGUCCUCCUGGUUAUAAUGGCAUCACUGGACCCACCGGCCCACCUGGAGCUCCUGGUGUGGAAGGAAUCCGUGGACGUCAGGGUUUGCCAGGGCCUAAGGGAGACGAUGGUGCUGUGGGACCUAAAGGAGAUCAAGGUAUUCAAGGGGAGCAAGGAGAAGUUGGAGAGCCUGGCAAAGAUGGCCUGGAUGGGCUUCCUGGAGCUGACGGAGCUAAGGGAGAGUCUGGAACACCAGGAGCAGUUGGCAUUAGGGGGAUUGUGGGUAUUCCGGGGCUGCCAGGGAAGCAGGGAGUAGUUGGACCUCCCGGUGAAAAGGGUGAAGCAGGUGCUGAGGGACCCAUCGGCCCAGUUGGACUUCCUGGGAAAGCAGGCGAGCCCGGAACAGACGGACUAGAUGGAGACCCUGGAGAAAAAGGAGCCACUGGGGGAACAGGAAAACAGGGUCCAAUCGGGCCAGCUGGUCCACCAGGAAUCCAGGGUGACAAAGGUGAUAAAGGUAACACUGGUGCCAAAGGAAUGAAGGGCCAUACUGGGCACAAAGGUGACCAGGGACCUAUUGGACCAGAGGGACAAAAAGGAAGCCAGGGGGACCCUGGUACGCAAGGAGAUACAGGGGUCAAAGGAGAUCAGGGCCCUCCUGGUGUGACUGGAAUCAAAGGCGAGCGUGGUGAAAAGGGCCAAACGGGAUCGACAGGAGCUGAUGGCAGACCUGGCCAACCAGGACAUGAAGGUGUGUCGGGACCCAUGGGAGCUCGAGGGUUGGAGGGAGAACCAGGCCUCCCUGGAGCACCGGGCCCAAGGGGUUUACCUGGCCCCAAAGUGGCUGACGAAAAACUCCGGGAAAUGUGCUCAGCUGUUGUUGAAGAGCAAUUAGAAGAGUUCAUGAAAGAGCUCCUGAAGAGGCCAGCGCCCAUCGGUGCCCCAGGAACCCCCGGACCAGCAGGACCUCCUGGAUCCCCGGGACCAGCUGGAGUGGCAGGAGCAGAAGGGACUCCGGGCCCAAUGGGUCCUAAAGGUCAUCCAGGUUACUUUGGACUUCCAGGUGCACCUGGAAUGAAAGGGGAAGCUGGGGCGAAGGGAGAGAAGGGAGACAAGGGAGAGGACGGUGUGGGAAUCAAAGGCGGCCCAGGCACCCCCGGAGCUCCAGGUGCUCCGGGCGCCCCUGGCGUUGGAAAGGACGGCCAGAACGGGGAGCGCGGUGAGAGUGGAAGUCCUGGCAUUCCGGGGGCUACUGGUCAGCGGGGCCCCUCGGGCCCGCCGGGCCUCUGUGACCCGUCGACCUGUAUAAGCAGGCUCCAGCCCCUCUAUAUGGUCAGCGGUAAGAAAUCUGCGUCCUACAAGAACCCGUGAGGCGGCCCGGCUCAGUGACACUCUCCAGAUCUCCGGCCGCCAGCGAACACGUCUCAGUGGCGCCUCGAUCUCCAGCAACUCCAUCGGGACGACGGAUGGAAGAGACUCAAAAGGGAAACCCAGACCAAACGCAACUGUACAGUACUGUAAAGACACUUUUACUCGUGAUUUUUAUGCAUCGUAAACACAUCACUGCUACAGAUGGCGAGCAACCUCCACGACUGACGGCGGGCCCGAGGUCCGUGAGCUGUCUGACACAAAUACAGACUUUUGACCAUUGCUGACCCCAGCAAUUUGCAUUUUUAAAUCUAUCCUGUUGCCUAUCACGCCCGUGCUCCACGAUGAAGCUCAGUGAAGUUACCAAGCAGCUCGUUUUGCUUUGCCUGGUUAAAUGAAUGAUCGCCGCCCGUCUAUCAGAUUGACCCACCCUUUAAAAAAGUCCUGAGCCCAGUCCAGCUAAGUGGAGCCACGUUUAAAAGAUGCUGACCUCUCACACCAGACCCGUGCCUACAUCUCCGGCAGUUUUUCUUUUUCAUUUCAGAUCAUCUAGUCCCUGUGUUUUGUCCCAGUAAUGUUCUUUUUCAUACAGCGUAAUAAAAUGUGAUGUUUUGGAAGUGUUGCACACUGCUGUAUUAAAAAACAAAAAAAAAACA